UACUGCUUCUAAACAUAAUGCGCUUUUGGGCAUGAUUUGUGCUUCAAUGUAUUUUUUACUUCUCUGUAUCACAGAAACUGUGAUAGGUGACAUGGCAACCUUUUGGAGAACCUACCAGAGACUGAUGGUCCAGCACCCCUGGAAGGUGCAAAUCUUCACAGCUGGGACCCUCAUGGGUGCUGGAGAUGUGAUUUCCCAGCAGAUGAUUGAAAGAAGAGGGCUGUCUGGGCACAGUGGCUGGCGGACCCUAAAAAUGAUGAGCAUUGGUUUUUGCUUUGUGGGCCCAGUCAUUGGAAGAUGGUACCAGGUCCUGGAUCGUCUGGUGCUAGGCAAAACCAGAAUGGCUGCACUCCAGAAGAUGCUUCUGGAUCAGGUUGGAUUUGCACCCUGCUUCCUAGCCUGUUUUCUGACUGUGGCGGGAACACUCAACGGCCUAUCCUUGAAAGAGAACUGGAGCAAGCUCAAAAAGGACUACCCUGAUGCCCUGAUCACCAACUAUUAUAUUUGGCCAGCAGUGCAGGUUGCCAACUUCUACUUCAUCCCCUUGAACUACAGACUUCCCGUGGUCCAGUGUGUUGCCAUUAUUUGGAACAGUUAUCUUUCAUGGAAAGCCAAUAAACUAUAACCUGGCAUGGGAAGAAGACAUGAGAACUAUGCUUAAUCCUAUUAGAACACCUGCAGAUCCUCUUUACUCUCUGUUCUUCAUGCAAUGCAGAACACAUGAACAACCUAGGAUGCAUACCAUAUACCAACUACAAAGAUGCCUAAUCAACCAGCAUAUGCAACUGGUUCGUGUCCCAAGUGUCCCUGAAAAGGAGAAUUGGGCAAUUCUGCUCUUCAUACUCUGCUAUUAGCAGUUAAAAAAUCAGGCCAGCUAUCACAGCUGCCUGACGGAACUGAAGAUAUACUGUGUUAUGGAACACAGGAAAUUCUGCAAUUUCUAGGUACCGGUACUUGACUGUAGAGUGUUUGGUAGGGCCUAGUAGGGAAACUUUUAAUUUUUCUGAACUAUGUUUACUAUUCUUUAGGAAUGUAAGAAGCUCUUUUAUGCCUGCAAGCAAGGAUGCACUUGGCUCUAAUGGAUACUCUUAGCAUAAGUAAGCUUUAUUGUUCACUUUUCAGGUAGUUCUCAUUUAAUGACUGCCUUAUACAGUAACCAUUAGCAGUUAUAAUCAUGAUGAAAAAGUAACUUUGCGACCAAUCCUUGCAUUUAUGAAUUUCGCAGGUCUAUAAAGCAAAGGAAAGCCGAAGUAAGGUUAUAACUACAAUUGCAGUUUUACUACCAACUGCUUUGCUUAAUGAUCAAGUUGCCAGUCCAAGUGUGGGACCAAAUGAGAACUAAUGUGUCAUGUAACCCAAUCUUCAAUUAGUUUAUGGGUUAAUGCAUUAUUUUAACUCAGGAGAAUUCAGAACCAGACCAAGCACUCUGUGUAACCGAGCCAUGGAAUGAGACAUUUGUUCCAUUUUGCCUAUUACUACAAAUAAUUAUGUAGCGGCUUUUUAGUGUUUUAAGGCUACUUUUCUGCCCUUGCUUUGGCAUAUCAAAAACUAGAUCUGAGGCCACCUGAAUGCAAAGCAUGGGAUCUAUUGCUGAACUCACCUUUGAAAUAUUGGGAUGCUGGGGGUGGGGGUCAAACUGAUACACUUAAUUCUUCUUAAUUUUUGGAAAGAAUUUGGAAAAUAGAUCAAGGAGAGAUCUACUAAUGGCAGUUUGCCAUGAUAACUAGAGGGUAUCGCUAUAUAUUGAACCGGUCUCUCAGGAAGCUUCCAUUGUUGAUUUAUUUGUAGUACGGACCCCAGGUCCAUGUUUCGCAACUAAACAUACAAGGCUUAAGUAGAAAUAAAUGUGAAUACUUAAGCAGACUGGCCCUAGACAAUAGGAUAGAUGUUAUAACACCACAAGAGAGUCAUUUGGCUGACAAGGAACAGAUUAAAGCUCGAGGGAGGAUCCAGGGUCCACAAUUGUAGCCAAGAUAGUGUCCAUUGUUGAUGAGUUUCAUAUAAGAAUGAUUGACUUUUAGGUUCUGGUUAAUUCUAAAGAAUCAAAAUGAUUACUAUGAAAAUAGGAUGCUUAGUCCAAUCCAACUGGAAUCAGUUCUUACAAAGUAGGCAAUCAUGUAGAAUACAUAUAUGGUGUGGUUAAGGUUUUGGACUAGGAUCAAGGAGACCCAAUUCUAGUCUGCCAUCAGCCAUGGAAGCUCACUAAGUGAUGUUCAGUUACUUUCAUUCAAGCCAAUCUACUGAUCAGGGUUGUGGUUAUGGGGAAAAAUAAGGGAAUAUUAUGUAUGCAACCAUGAGCUUCUGUACAAAAAAUUAUAAAUCAAAUGAAUAAACAUAAAUGCUUUC